UGUGGCAGAUGGCGCGGGCGCGGGCGUGGGCGUGGGCGUGGCUGAUGGCGCUGGCGCUGGCCGGGUGGGCGUCGCCCGGCGGGCUGCCGCCGGCGGCCGAGGGCGCGCGGAUCUUAGGCGUGUUCGGGCACAUCGGCAAGAGCCACUGGGACGUGUUCGAGCCGCUGAUGCAGGAGCUGGCUCGCAGGGGCCACCAGGUGACCGUCGUCAGCCACUUCCCGCAGGCGGCGCCGCGCGCCAACUACACCGACAUCAGCCUCAAGGGCUCUCUCACUGACUUCAGUCCCGUCGGGCAGAUCGACGUCACCGAGAUGAAGGUCGACAACAUGUGGGACGUGUACAACGAGCACCUGCUGCUGUCGCAGCUCGCGGUGACCGGUUGCGAGGUGGCCUUCGCUCACCCGGACGUGCAGCGCUUGCUUCGCUCCAAUGAAACCUUCGACCUGCUCAUCACCGAGCUCUUCACCACCGACUGCUACGUCGCCUUCGCUCAUCACUACAACAUCCCGUACAUCGGGCUGAGCUCGUGCAUGAUGAUGCCGUGGGCGUACGAGCGCUUCGGGAACCCGCAGAACCCGGCCUACAUCCCCGACCUCUUCCACGCCCACGGCAUGCAGAUGUCGUUCUGGGAGCGCUGGCAGAACUCGUGGAAGACCCUGCUGAACAACCUGGCGUACGAGUACCUGUACCACCGGCCGUCGGAGCAGGUGGUUCGCAGGUACUUCAAGGACCUGCCGCCGCUGAAGGAGAUCGCGCGCAACGUGAGCAUGAUGUUCGUCAACACGCACGUGUCGCUCAGCCACGCGCGCCCCUACGUGCCGGCCGUGCUGGAGGUGGGCGGCAUCCACCUACCGCAGAGGAAGCCGCUGCCCAAGGACGUGAAGGAGUUCCUGGACGGCGCGGGCGAGGAGGGCGUGGUGUACUUCAACAUGGGCUCCAUGAUCCGCGCCACCUCCAUGGCGCCGGAAAAGCGCCAAGCUUUCCUCGAGGCGUUCGGGCGCCUGGGGCGGCGCGUGCUGUGGAAGUGGGAGGAGGCCGACAUGCCCGGCCAGACGCCCAACGUGUACAUCGGGCACGGCGGGCUGCUGGGCUCUACCGAAGCCGCGCACGCGGGCGUGCCCAUGGUGGCCAUCCCGAUCUUCGGCGACCAGCGCGCCAACGUGCAGAACCUCCUGCAGGCCGGCAUGGCGCUCAAGCUCGACUACCACGACGUCACGGCCGACAGCGUGCUGGCCGCGCUGAAGGAGGUGCUGCAGAAUCCCAAGUACCGCGAGGGCGCGCGGCGCGUGUCCGAGGCGUUCCGCGACCGGCCGGUGGGGCCGCUGGACGCCGCCGUCUUCUGGACGGAGUACGUGCUGCGGCACAACGGGGCGCCCUUCCUGCGCAACGCCAUAGUUUACUUGUAA